AUGCUACAUGACCUACCAAUUUCUAUUUCUAGAAAGGAACAACUCACGCUCCCUACAAUAAUCACCUCAAUUGAUCUAUCUGAUGGGGAGGAGUUGGCACCCCCAACAAAAAUCAAAUCCAGUGACAAUCAGACCAUUAAGACCGUUGUUUAUUCUAGUGAGGAUGAAUCAGAUAUAGAAGACGUUCUGCUAGGAAAUUGGGACCUCAUUGGACAAACUUUUCUUCUCUCACCAGAUGAAAGUUAUGUUCAACGUGCUAAGAUUGUUGAGCUUAACUACAAGCACAACCGCAACAAGGACAUUGAGCCUGCGCAUAUUCAACUAUGCCUGAACAUUGACAAAGGUGAAUAUGAACGUGUCAUGGCUUACCGUAACAUCCACAAGUGGUCAGAAAUUGAUGCAGACACCCCCAUUGUUUGGAAGCUCAAGCAAGUUGUAUGCUGCCAUCACUACAUUUGA